UAAACCAGGGGAAGGGGACGGGAGGGGACGGGGGAGGCGGGAGGGGAAGGGAGUUCCUUGUGGAUCAGGGUCACAAACUACUGGGAAACCCAGCUCUGGGGGAGCCUGCCCCGGAGCCAGGAGUGUGACACAAACUCCGGGUGCAGGAGCAAGAAGGGGAGAGCCUGGGCUGGCAGGUGGCACUGCUCAGCAGGUGCUCCAGUUUUGGGGAUCAGCUAACAUCUGCCAAAGCAACCAUGGACUCGUUGGGGUUUUUGGCCCCCUCAGUUUUGGGAUUCAGGAGCUGCUCAGGACCAGCCACUUCGGAGACGCCAGUUGUUCACCCUGCUCACUGCUCCCAGCUCUGCAGGGUCUCAUCUCAGGGUUCCUCACGGCUCGAGCUUGCUGUGCCUCAACCAAGUGCCUUUGUCCGAUAUUUCCUUCUUGUCCUCCAGGCAGUAGGGGUGAGGGCAUGCUGCCUUCCCUUGGAAUGAAGGAAGCUCAAGUGUCAGCAUUAACAGUGGGCACCUUUUACCUUUGCUAAACAGCUUGUAAGUGCUGCAGAGGGCUGGGGAUGGAGGCAGGACGGCUUCCUGCCCUGGUCCCAUGCUGGUUUUGGGGGGAGCAGGGGAGGGGACAGGGCUGUCUCCAGGCCAACAGCACAUUCACACUGGCUGCUGCACUCAGACACAGGUUGGUAAGGCAUGUGAUCAAAAUGGAGUGAAGGGAAGUCUAAAAAUUAAGAAAAAAAAUCAGCAGGGCUGUUGGAGCAAAAAAGUGAAAUAGAGUAAGGUCAUUCAGCACAAGCAGAAACAAAGGACAGGAAUGGAAAGGCCCCAGCUUUUGUGCUGGGAGCAAGGGAGUCACCAUCAGCCUCUCAUGCUAUGAACUGCCACAAUUAACCUCUGGAGCUCGCUCUUCCACAGCCCUGUGUUUUUCCUAGGUAAGCAGCUUUUAAUAAAAACACUGGCACUGGCCUGCCCGGUCCUGUGGCUGAGGGAACAGGGUGGGAAUGCUGCUCCUGCUCCCAGGGAAAGGGGCUGGGCUGGGCUCAGCACUGCUGUGCCAGCAGCUGCUGGGACAAGCAGCUCCCUGAGAAUCCCAGACUGGUGUGGGUUGGAAGGGACGUCAAAGCUCAUCUCUUAUUUUAAGGGGCAGGGAUACUUUCCACUAUUUCAGGUUCCUCUAGAUUCCAUCCACCCUGGCCUUGGACACUUCCAGGGAUGGGACAGCCACAGCUUCUCUGGGCACCCUGUGUCCUGGCCUCAGCAUCCUCACAGGGAAGAAUUCCUUCCCAUCUAACUCUUGGCAGUUUGAAGCCAUUUCCCCUUCAUCCUUCACCACGCAGUUGUUGGCAACUUUGGCCAAGACUUUGGGCUUUGCUUAAUGUUUAUUCACCACGGGUAAGGAACACUCGCAGUCUCUUCCAGUCCUUUCCUGAACUAGAAGUGAAACCUGUCCAGUUAUCACUUUUAACCUGCGAGCCAGCGGUGGGAGCUGUGUGUCUCGGGGUGAGCAGGGUCUGAGCCCUGUGGGGACCAGGUCCGAGCCCCAGGGGACAGAACCACGUGCCAAUGUCCGAGCCCAAGGGCCCGGAGCUGUGUACCCCUGUCCAGGUCUGAACUCUCCCGGGGCAGGAGCUGGGGCCGGGUAAGAAUCAGAGUCCCGGGGGAUGGAGCGGUGACCGGGGCCGAGCUCCAGGGACCCGGUGCUGCGUGCCCAGGUCUGAUCCCUGGGACACUGGAGCUCUGUCCGGGUCCUAAUCCGGGAGCCCGGUGCCAGAUCCGAGUAUCGGGGCAAAACAGCCGUGUCGGGAGCCAAACCCCGGGUCCGGGCCCCUUGUGCCCGGAACUGAGUCCCGAGUUCCCGGAGCCAAACCCCGGGUCCCGGCCCCUUGAGCCCGGAGCAGAGUCCCGGGUUCCCGGAGCCGCGUGUGCGGCGGCGGGCGGAGCGCUCUCCGCCCUCCAUUCCCUCAUGCCCGCCUUCCCCUCAUGCCGCACCCCUCGGCCGGCCCGCCCGCGCUCGCAGGGCCGUGUGGGAGCUGUAGUUCGGCGCUGCCGCGGGCGCACGGCCGCCGCCUGCUCCGCCGCUCCGUGCGGGGCCAUGGCCGCCCGCUCCCUGCGGCGCCUCGGGGCCCUGCUGCCCACAGCCGGCAAGGCCGGCACCGGCAGUUUGUAUUUCAGAGGGUGCCCCUGUGCUUUCAGCACUGCAGCUCAGCAGAGGAGCACAGGAGACGAGUGUGGCCCAGAGGAGCCCAGUGAGGAGCCCAAGCACCCCCUCUCUGACUGUGCCUUGGAGCACAAAGCCAUCAAAUUGGAAGAGCAAGUCCGGGAUUUAACUGAGCGAUACAGGAGAGCUCUGGCAGAUUCUGAAAAUGUCCGGAGGAGAACGCAGAAGUUUGUGGAAGAUGCCAAACUCUUUGGCAUCCAGAGUUUCUGCAGGGACCUGGUGGAGGUGGCAGACAUCCUGGAGAAGACGGCCGAGAGCGCCGCCGGCCACGCCGAGGAGCGCAGCGACCCCAGCCCGGCCCUGCAGAAAAUCUACGAGGGGCUGUCCCUCCUGGAGGCCAAGCUGCAGAGCGUCUUUGCCAAGCACGGCCUGCGCAAGAUGAACCCCGUGGGCGGCAGGUACGACCCCUACGAGCACGAGAUCAUCUGCCACGUGCCAGCCGAGGGCGUGCAGCCGGGCACCGUGGCGCUGGUCACGCAGGACGGCUACAAACUGCACGGCCGCACCAUCCGCCACGCGCUGGUCGGCGUGGCCGUGGAGGCACACGAGUGACAGGGCUGCAGCUGCUCCACUGGGACCUUGCUGGGCUGGGGACAGUCACAGAUUGUGUAUUUACUUUAUUUAUUGAGCUGCGUUUGUGUCGUGGGGUGGUUUCAGGGUCGCCGCCGUUCCUUCUGAGGUACUCGUGUAUUUAAUGAUCCUCCUUGGAGCUGGUCCUGCUGUUUUUGUCAGAAAUUCGGGGCACUGUAGCCUCCUCCUUCUCUGCUCAUUUCUCCAUGGUUUGUAUGGGGAAGAGGGGAGAUGUGGAGAGAAAGGGAAAUUCUCUUCAGGAGAUGUGGAGAGAAAAGAAAAUUCUCUUCUUGUCUCCCUGUUCCAUCUCCUGCAGUGGCCUCCAGGAAAGGAACUUCUCUGCCUCACUUUCCACAGCUGUAUUAAGGGACUGUUAAUAAUACUGACCUACCUCACAGGGAUGUGGUGAGGCUUUUCAUGUGCAAAGCACUGGGAAAAGUCCAGAGGGAUGAGUAUUAUUGUCACCUGGAUUUGAUGUCUUCCCUUGUCCCCACACCCCUCAGAUGGGGUGAAGAUGAUCACUUGAAAUAACAUUUAGGGGCAGCUUUUUCUGAUGUUGCUUCAGGAAAACAAUCUGGAAUUCAUGGCAUCUCUGUUGUACUAGAGUUGAAUAGAGAUGAGGGCUUAAAAAGAAUUCACUUGUUAGGUCAGACUAAUGUUAAUAUUCCUUCUCCAGGUAAAAUUCCAGCUUGACUCUUUGUUCCCAAAGGUAAAACAGGGAACGGUGAUUUGUGGUGGAGCCAGAAAACUGUCCUCACAUCUCUUAAUCUCCAACCCAAAUGUAUGUUUUAGAGGAGAGUAAUUUCUCUUCCCUGGUGGGUAUUUGUGCAGCUUUCAAGCAUGAUAAACUAUGUGCUCUUGUUGCAGCUGCUGGCAAAAUGGAGCUGUGCCCUUAAGCAGGAAAUCUGGACUGUUCUAUUUUCUCAGCUCUCCAGUAGAGAUCCUCAGAUUACACCAACUUCCAGUCCACAUUCUGACUCUUCUUUCAGUGAUCCUAGUGAAUAUGAAACCUUUUGGGUUUUGAUGCAAGGAGAAAAACCUUCUUUGCUCCAAAGUCUCAAGUGCCCUUGAACCAAUUUUAGCAGCAGUGACAAGAAAGCAAGAGAAGCAGAAGGCUGAGGAAGUGAAAGCUGACCUCGAGCUGUCCUCCUGGUUGGAGGCAUGUUGUUGUCACAGCACAUAUGUAUUUCCCACUGGCCCUAUUGCCUGGGAGUUCAUUUAUCUCAGCUGAAAGGAUGCAGUCAUGAGGAGGAUCAGAAUUUAACCCUUUGCAGAGCAGCAGGCAUUCAAACGACAGAACAGUUAAGACACAAAACCAGGAAUUGUUGGUUUUCAGCUUGUUUCUUACUGAUUUGUUCAUUCCUUCCUUUUUACUUUUCUGGAAUUGGUUCCAUAACCUGACAAAUGCACUUCCAAAAGUGCUUUACUUAUAGAGUGGAUGCCAUCCCUGGCUUGGAAGAAAAUUUAUUCUUCUCCCAUUCCUUUGGAGGCGUCAGAUGAAAAACCCUUUAGUGGUGGACUCCAAGAUUGUCAUAGCCUUUAAUACUGCCAGUCUUUCACCUGGGGAGGCUGUGUGCAGUUAGUGGGUUGGCACCCCAGAAAUUUAAGUAAUUUGCACAUUUCUAACCUGCUCCAUUUAACCUUUUUUAGUGGCAGCUGUGGUGUGAGUGUGUAGUGGAUCCUUUUUGGAGUGUGGGUUUCUACCUCUGUGCAGCAGGUUCUGGAGAUUUCAGCCCUGAAACAGCACUUCUGGCAGCUUUAGCUCAUGGCCAGACCUCUUGUUCAGUGUCUUGUAUUAUUGCCAUGUUUUUGGAAGUUUCAGGACUUCCUAUCCAUUGUUGUGCUGAGCAGGUCACCAGGGUACGCUGUUUCUCCAGAGAAGAAUGGUAAAAUAUGAAAUGUGACACUACAAAUGUGGCUGUUCUUCCUCAAAAGUGAGGAACCCAUGUCCUCAGCUGGAACAGGGAGGUCUCUGCUCCUCUUCAGCCACUGCUGUAUCAGCUGAGUCUUGCAGUAUGAGGGGAGAGCUGGAAACCAGCUUUGAAAGUGAAACUUUAGUUGUAGAGACCCAAACAGAAGCGCAGGCAUUUUACACUACAGACAGUUUUCUGUCACAGAGAGGCUGCAGCUGAGUGUGACCAGGAGUGAUGGGAUCCAAAUCCUCUUUAAACUCACCCAUGGAGCCGCUGGACUGUGAAAAAAUGUUACAGCCACUCAGUCCAACCUGUGUUUGCCAACUCUGCCUGUCUCCUCAGCCAGUGUUCACCCACUUCUGCCUUAAGGAAAUACCCUAAAAUGCACUCCAGACCUUCUGUCUGUACUGAGAUGGUUUAUCAGUUUGUCUGUAGUGUGGCUGCAGCAGGGCUCUGAGGGCUCCAGCUCCUCUGCAAUCUUCCCCACCCUCACAGAGGCCCUCUUUAAUUUGGGGCAAGUUCUUCUCCCAGUGAAACCUCCAAAACUUCUGCAGGAUCCUGUCAGGUUUUAUGGUUCCUGUGAAACUGAGGCAAUGCUGAGACAUUCACAGAUGUUACCAAAGAGAUAAAUCCUCUAGCUGUUGUUUGUCCCAGUUUCUGCUUCCUCUGAAAGGUGAAGUGAAAAUGAAAUAACCAAACCUGGAUUCCAGCACAGAAUCCAGAUUUCCCAGGUAAAAUUUGAUUCUCUUGCCUUUCAGGCGCACUUGAUGAUGGUUUUUUGUCCUGGAUGAGAUUGUGAAGGUUGGGUUGAAUUUCUCCUUGGUUCUUGCUGCCUUUUCUGUAACUCCUGCAGGGAGGGCACUGAGCUGCUCCUCUGCAGUCACUUUAUCCAGUGCCUGUUCAGUAAAACACAGGAAUACAUGAACAGGGCAGCAACAGCAGAGGAGAGGAAGUGUCAUGUACCUUUUAGUCAUUUCCACACCUGGACAAGUCUCCAGUGGCACUGUCAUGAGCAUGGCAAGGUCUGAACUCUGACCAGGAGCAGUGCAGAAUAAAAGGGAUGUUGGUUUAUGAACCUGAACUUCCAGUGCUUCAGCAGCAGAGCUUCUGUUGGAAGAGCUGUGAUCACUCAAUAGCUCCUAGCAGUACCUUAAUUAAAAAAAAAAAAAAGUAUUUAAGUUUUAUAUUGUGAAUAUUGUAGUAUUUUUUUAUUUUAAAACUCGAGGUGUUUUGGUAUUAUUUGCAAAGUCAAACGAACAAAGCGUUGCUAAUGUCCAAAAACCCAAGGCCAUUGAAGUGGAGGGAAAAUGUGUAUAUAUUGUAAUUUUUGUGUGUUUCUGUGCUCUUUGUUUACCCAAAGGUUCUGGCUGUAUGAAAGACAGAGAUGUGUGGGAGCAGUGCAAGAAAUUGACAACAACAUUUGAGUUGAUGUUGGAAAGGUCUGAUUUAUUUUAGCUCCUGUCCAUUUGCUAAUAAAACAGAAGAAUUGCAGUGA